AUGCAGCCAGUAACUACUGCUGAAGACCCCAAUUAUGGCAUCACAGAACAACCGCCAUCCACGCCACACUAUGUUGUGCGCAUGGGCCACAAGCCCGGAGUGUACACGGACAGAAACAUGGCUGUCCUCAUGCUCACCAACUAUCCCGAUUCCAACGCCAAAGAGUUCAUGUAUGAGCAGGAGGCCGACGCAUACAUGAAGACGCCUCUUGGAGGAGGUUUGCACACUGUGGACGGGUACGGAAACCCGAUCCGGGUGCUCUACACGUCUGGUGUGUGUGACAACAACGGCUACGUCAACUCCAAGGGUGGCAUUGGCAUUGUUUUUGGAGCCCCCAACAUCUGCAACUUUUCGGGUCCGUUGCAUGGCUCCAAGCACACGACCCAGAGGGCUGAGCUGGCAGCAGUUUACCAGGCGUUGCGAAUCGUCUGGAAUCGACGAGACUACCCCAAGUGGGAGAUCAGAACAGACUCGGUCUAUGUGUUGGAGUGUCUGACGGUGUAUUUGGAGGAAUGGAAAAAGAACGGCUGGAAAACGACCCAGGGUUAUCCUGUGGAGAACCAAGAGUACAUUCUGGCGAUCGACAAGUUGCUCAAAAAGCUGGCGUACAAGGGCGUGUUCUUCCAAUUUCAACUGGUUGGCACCAACACAGGCGACAGAUGGGUCAGUUCGGCUUAUCAGCUAGCACGACGAGGCAUUGAGGAGCCGGAGUUCAUCAUGCCUGAGAGUGAAAAGGAGAGUCGAAGUCGGCGCAGCAGUGCCUAA